AUGUUUACUCAACCAGUGGUUUCCACGCCUACGGGCCCGCCACAAUCGUCCUCAACAUCCACCUCAAGACCGAGUCGUCUCCGAGGUUUGAGCUACUUGCGCAACUACACACAAAAUCAUUUAUUGUCUCGCGACAACCACCAUAACAGCUCCAGCACUGGAUCAGCAGGCGGCACAGGCACAGGCACAGCAAGCGCACGAAGCACGUCCCCUAAUCGACACGGCUCUAGCCUCACGCGAUCCCUCAGCCAUUCGCCUACUACAAGUGGACCAUCCACUGGAACCCAGAACAUCAACCACUUGACACUCGUCAGUUCGACACCCGAUCCCGUGAGGAAUUUGACAUCGGCGACCACCACAACAUCGAUACCUGCGCUGCCUCCUACUUCUGUUCCUGCUUCCGCUUCCGUUUGCGCUGCUGCAGACGCUGCUACAACAAAUUCUACUGAAUCACCAAAAGCUUCCUCACAGCAUUCUACCGACAUCAACGACCCCGCUACCGCUGCAACAGAAUUAUCAAUGGCUGUAGAUACUGAGGCCGCAGCCGCAGCCACUGGCGCCGUCGACUCCAACCAGGACCAGCCUACCAUGACGAGAUCACGAUCAGCCACCACUGGCGAAGGGGGCUCGUCGACUCCCGAAACUGUCCCAUCAAUUCGCUUCUCAGCCUACUACGACCCGCGCUCUACACGCCCGUCCCUGACAUUCCCUCCUAUUUCCAGAACUCUGCCGACGGGGUCUGAGAAGAUUCGUGUUGGUCGUUACUCAGAACGCGAUAGUCACUCCAUGUCGAAUAUGCCUGGUAACCAGCCAUCAGCUGCACCAGUGGGUUUUAAGAGCAAGGUCGUCAGUCGUCGCCACUGCGAGUUCUGGUACGAGGAUGGAAAAUGGUACAUUAAGGACGUUAAAAGCUCUUCUGGUACAUUCUUAAACCAUAUUCGCUUGAGCCCACCGUCUCAGGAAAGCAAAGCUUUCCCCGUCAACGAUGGAGAUAUCGUUCAACUCGGAAUUGACUUUAAAGGUGGAGAAGAGAUGAUCUUCCGCUGUGUCAAGAUGCGACUAGAGUUGAACCGUGGCUGGCAGAACAAGCUUAACACAUUUAACAUGGCGGCGCACAAGAGGUUGCAGACCAUGGCCUCUAGCGGAGCAGCUGGUACUAACUCUCAAGAUUGCUCCAUUUGCUUGAGCUCUAUUGCUCCCUGCCAGUCUUUAUUUGUAGCACCCUGCUCUCACACCUGGCAUUUCAAGUGUGUAAGAUCACUGCUCAACUCCCCGCAAUACCCCAUUUUCAUCUGCCCCAACUGCCGAGCUGGUGCCGAUUUAGAGGCCGAUGUCGACGAACUGGCCGAAGAAUGGCAGCAGCUUAAGAACGAAGCCGAGGCGGAAGCAUCAACUCCAGCUCAAGCUGACACUGAGCCUGAGACGGAUCCGGUGCCUGCUGCUGCUAACUCGGGAACUUCGACACCGGAGCGAUCGCACACAGCCGACAUAGACCACAUGGAUGUUACUGUCAACAUCACACCAGAAACACCUCAGCGAAAUGAAGUUAGCCAUGCUAUAUCCGAGCCGUUGCCUAUUCGAAAUGCGGCCUCAGCUCCACGAAGAGUUGGCCAGCUGGGAGAUAGUCGAACACCGUCACCUCCAGGCGGCACUGAAGGACCAAUCACCCCACGAAAUAAUGUUGGACCAUGGGUUUUUGAUGGCAGUGCCGGCCGUACAGUGAGCGCCACAGAAGGCGAAAUGACAAGUAUAGAUGCCGCAGCACAGCCAGAUACGAGCGAACACGACAUCACGGUUCGAUAA